AUGGAGACCACAUCCGCCUCCUUCGACCCCAACGGCCGUCCCUUCUCCUUCCUGCAAUCCCGCGCCCUGGGCGACAUGACGCAAAACGAUGUGAAGAACGGGGAGUGCAAACCGACCACCAUCCUCUUCGCGCGCGGGACGACGGAGCAGGGAAACAUGGGAACUUUGACCGGCCCGCCGUUCGUCCAAGCAGUCGGACAGGCCGUCGGUGCUGAUAACGUGGCGGUGCAGGGCAUCGACUAUCCUGCCGACAUCCCCGGGUUUCUAGCGGGCGGCGAUGCGGGUGGGAGUGCGACGAUGGCGGGGCUUGUGAGCAUGGUCAUGGCGACCUGCCCAAAUACGAGCUUGACGAUAUCAGGGUACAGUCAAGGCGGCCAGCUCGUCCACAACGCGGCCAGCAUGCUCUCAGCCGACGAAACGGCCUUCGUCAAUUCGGCCGUCAUCUUCGGGGACCCAGACAACGGCCAGUCCGUUGGGAACAUCCCCGCCGCGAAAACGAAGAUUAUCUGCCAUGAUGGCGAUCUGAUUUGUGCGGGGCAGAGCGUGGUGCUGCAGCCGCAUCUGACGUAUAGCAUGAAUGCGGGCGAGGCUGCUGCUUUUGUGAAGGCGAAUCAGUAG